GGCGGGUUCCAGGGUAGGCUUGGGAGAGGAACCGGCCACCAGCCAAGAUCCUAGAUUAUUCAUCUCCUGGGCGCUUGGUCCUCCAAACUGAUCACAACUGUUCUGGGCAACAUGGAUGUGGAGGAAGAUGAUUUGGCUGUGCUCACAGCUCUGCUGGAGGAGAAUAAGUCAGCCUCGGCUUGUCAUUCAGAAGAGAAUAACUCUCAGGCCCAGGAAGAUGGUGAACUGGACGAAUUUGAUGAGCUUUUUGAUGCUGAUGGUGACGGUGAAUCGUACACAGAAGAGGCUGGCGAUGGAGAUGUGGGGAGGACAGAAGACCAGAAGGAAAAUCUGGCCACUCUCUUUGGCGAUGUGGGGGACUUAACGGAUGAAGAUGUUCCUGCAUCACCCUCCACUGAACACGGGGUCCUCGCUGCUCCUGCCCCCAGACAAGAGAAAACCAAUGAGGAGUUGCAAGAUGAAUUAAGGAAGUUGCAAGAACAAAUGAAGUCCUUACAAGAACAACUCAAAUCAGCAUCAAUUAAACAGCCUGCAAGUCCAGCCCUCCCUAAAUCCUCCGGAAAGUGUCCCCGGCCCCCUCUGAAGGAGAAGAAAGUUCAGCGGAUUCAAGAGUCCCCAUGCUUCUCAGCAGAGCUCGAUGCCCCUGCCCCACCCCGAACCAAGCGUCUGGCUCGGACACCAAAGGCUGCUACAGAGUCCCAAAGCUCAUCUUUAAAGAUGACAGUUACUCCCCCUGAACCACUACAAACUAUUCCUGGGAACAAACCUAGUCAGAUGACCAGAGAGCCGAGCUCGAGCUCGGCUGUCUCCAGGAGUUCAGCUGUCUCCAGGAGUUCCGGGGAACCAGCUCCACCUGUGUCUGUGGAAGCCUUCUCCGGUCUGCGGCUCAGGAGGCCUCGAGUAUCCUCCACAGAAAUGAACAAGAAAAUGACUGGCCGAAAGCUGAUCAGACUAUCACAGAUCAGGGAAAAGAUGGCCAUUGACAAGCUGGAGGAAGUGGACUGGGUGACAUUCGGGGUGAUAAUGAAGAAAGUCACUCCCCAGAGUACUAACAGUGGGAAAACAUUUAGCAUCUGGCGACUGAAUGAUCUUCGAGACCUGACCCGAUGUGUGUCGUUGUUCUUGUUUGGAGAAGUUCACAAGGAUCUGUGGAAGACGGAGCAGGGCACCGUCAUCGGCUUGCUCAACGCCAACCCCAUGAAGCCGAAGGAUGGCUCUGAGGAGGUGUGCUUAUCUAUUGAUCAUCCUCAAAAGGUCUUAAUUAUGGGUGAAGCUCUGGACCUGGGAACCUGUAAAGCCAAGAAAAAAAAUGGAGACCCAUGCACACAGGCUGUUAAUUUGAAUGACUGUGAGUACUGCCAGUAUCACAUCCAGGCUCAGUACAAGAAGCUCAGUGCAAAGCGAUCUGAAUUACAGUCCACCUUCUCUGGAGGACGAAUUCCCAAGAAGUUUGCUCGCAGGGGUGCUAGCCUCAAAGAGCGGCUGUGUCAAGAUGGCUUUUACUAUGGAGGAGUUUCUUCUGAGUCCUACGCAGCCUCAAUCGCAGCAGCUGUUGCUCCUAAGAAGAAGAUUCAAACCACGUUGACGAAUCUGGUUGUGACGGGCACAAAGUCGAUCAUUCAGGAGACACGGCAAAAACUGGGGAUUCCCCAGAAGAGCGUGGCUUGCUCCAAGGAGUUCAGGGAAUUGAUGGCCCUGCCAACAUUUGGAGCCAGAUACUUAAAGCAACAUUUAGCCAAAGCUGAGGCUUCAGGCAGCCUGGGGAUCCCCAAACCUGCCAUCCAAUCUAUCUCAGCAUCAGCCCUCCUGAAGCAACAGAAGCAACAAAUGCUAGAGAUGAGGAAGAGGAGAUCGGAGGACAUACAGAAACGAUUUCUCCAAAGCUGCAGUGGAGCCCAGAGCCCGGCUGCGCCAGGCUCAUCUCAGCUGCCCCCGAGUCAGCCUCCACGAACAAGCGCUGAGCUCUCCAGGCCGGAGGGAGCCACAGCCCCGCCAAUACCCAAGCUCGGGCGAGGCGUCACAGAAGGAGAUGAGGUUCUCUUCUUCGAUGUGUCUCCACCCCCAAGACCAAAACUGAGUGCCGUCGCAGAAGCCAAAAAGUUAGCUGCAAUCGCCAAAUUAAAAGCAAAAGGCCAGAUCCUUGCAAAAACAGACCCAAACAACAUUGUAAAGAAGCACAAGGGCCCACAAGACGUGCUGGAGGUGAAGGGGCGUGUGGAAAAGAACAACACGUGUUCUCCUGAAGCUGAGGAUGAAUUGGAGCCUGCGAGGAAGAAAAGGAGAGAGCAGCUGGCCUACCUGGAAUCUGAGGAAUUUCAGAAAAUUCUAAAAGCAAAGUCGAAGCACACAGACAUUCUGAAGGAGGCCGAGGCUGAACUGCAGGAGUGCUAUUUCGAGCCACUGGUGAAGAAAGAACAAAUGGAAGAAAAGAUGAGAAGCAUCCGAGAAGUGAAAUGUCGAGUGGUGACGUGCAAGACGUGCGCCUACACCUACUUCAAGCCUCGGGAGACGUGCGUCAGCGAGCAGCACGACUUGCACUGGCAUGAUGGCGUCAAGAGGUUUUUCAAGUGUCCGUGUGGGAACAGGAGCAUCUCCCUCGACAGGCUACCUAAGAAGCACUGCAAUAACUGCGGCCUCUACAAAUGGGAACGGGAUGGAAUGCUGAAGGAGAAGACUGGUCCCAAGAUAGGAGGAGAGACCCUGUUGCCGCGAGGAGAAGAACAUGCAAAAUUUCUGAACAGCCUUAAAUAACCCAAAGUCAGACAUUUCCCACAACUGCCUGGCUUCUCAUAGCUCUGAGGAAGCAAGGAGUUGAUUGGCGUCGUUGGAAACAAGAGCUUGAAAGCACCAGAAGCUUCCUGCCUACUCUUCUCCAUGUGUAGCUUUGACCUGGAAGGAGAAAAUCCAGUUACCAGGGUGUUGCCUGUCUCCCACAGGUUAUUGUAUUAAUUCAGCCACACCAAGUGUGCCCCAAAAGGGGAAAGUGAACUGAGAACUGUGCAUCCGGACCACUUAGUUAUAGAGUAUUGAGUUAUAGAGUUAUUGAGUAAAGUUGUAGUGUUUUGUAGACAGAGUCA